UUUGACUUACACACACUCGCAUCCAUCUCUCUGCACUCGUCCGUCUAUCCCUCCCUAACCAUUUGUCUGAGUGUCUGUCUAUCGUUACUAUCAGUUCAUUACCAGAACUGAUCUCAAACUUUACUGAACAAAAAGUUUGGAGGCAUUGUAUUUUAUUUAUUUAUUGGAUAGUUCGCACUCAUUCCUCUACUUUUUCAUUCAUUCAUUCAUUCUCUCGUCCUUUUCCCCUUCUCCUUCUGCAAUCUCUUGCGUCCUUCACUCUUUUCGCGGAGUGUGAAAGCUAGAAGAAACUGGAGCACGUGACAAUUUCCGGAGUUCGAUUUAUUUAUUAAUUUUCUUACUUUUUUUAUUUAACUAUUUAUUUAUUGCAACUCGUGCAUUUAUUUAUUGGACACGAACAAAAAUGAAAUUGCUGGUCGACUCCUCCUCCUCUCUGCUGCUCUCGCUGCUAUUGGCCCAACUGCCUUUAUUUACAUAUGCCGUCCCCGCCCCCUACCGGCGGCCGAACGUCGUGCACGAACUGGACAGAUUGGCCAAUCAGACGAAGAAUCUGCGGCAGAUCACAGCAGAUCUAUUGAAGGAACAUGCGUUCGAGACAGACCCAGAACAGCAUAGAUUUAAGUCCCUGCCAGUAAUGAACAACAGAGCCAGUGACAUCAACUCCCUUGAGAUGAGACCCACUCUCUCUCAGCUCCACUCGGACUUGAAGUCGUUUGAGCACCAUUUUGCCUGGUUGAGCAGAGCAUCAAGGAAACACCACCACCCUGCUCUCCCUAAACUGGGACAGAUGAUCUCACUCAUCAAGUCUCUCACCAGCAUGCUAGAGCAUCAGAUGGUGAGAGUUGAUGCUCAGCGUCUCUCUCCUCCCUCUCCCUCGCUGCCACCUCCCCCCCCAUCCCAGUUUGAUGUGUUACAGUCUUCCCAGGAGCUGCUACUACAGUUCAGACUCUUCUGUGAUUGGGCCCAACGAGUGUUCUCAGUGCUCAGUACAAAGUCCAAAAUGUCUGCAGUACAAUGAUGAUUCCUGAAGUGCUAUAGUCUAUAGGGAUGCACAGAAUCCACACUACAACCAAUGGGGAUCUACUAGCUUCAACCGGCACUACAACCAAUGAUGAUCCAAGAAAUCCACACUACAACCAAUGAUGAUCCAAGAAAUCCACACUACAGCCAAUGAUGAUUCAAGAUAACCACACUACAACCAAUUAUGAUCCAAGAAAUCCACACUACAACCAAUGAUGAUCCAAGAAAAACACACUACAGCCAAUGAUGAUUAAAGAUAACCACACUACAACCUUGUACUGUUGUCACUGAACCUCCAUCCUCAUCGUAGCCAAUGAGGGAGCUCCAUAUUCAAACUACAGCCUAUGAGGAUCCACCAUAUUCACACUACUACAACCAGUAAUGGUCUUCAAUAUUCACUAACAUGUCACUGCCACCCCAUCCUCUCUCUUAAAUACCUUGUUCCUGACUAUGUGUUAUUUAUGUAUUUAUUUAUUUAUUGUUAGUUAUUUAUUUGAUGUCAUUAUUUAUUUGAUAUUGUAACGUGUCACUUAUCAUUUUUACUUACAUUAUUGUCGUGAAUUUAGUUUCUUGUACCUUAUCAAUACUCCUAUUCUGUUCUCUCUCUCCCCCUUCAUCCCACCUCUCAAAGUAAACAAGGAGACCACACAGUAGCACUUCCUGACUUCUUACAGUCUGUAAUGAUAUGGAUUGUAUUUUCAACCAUUUAACUUUAUUCGUUUAUCACACCUGUCUCUUCACAAAGAGUAGCCUAUUUCCGCCAGUAGAUGUAGCAAACAUACUUGGCUUGUAGCAACCAUAUUUUGGGAGAGCGUACAUGUAUUUUUCUUACAGUGCUGUACUUUACCUUGUAGAUUUAGGGUUACUCAUAGAAUCUUCCGAACAUGUUAAAUGUGUCACCUGUUUGGUUUUGUAAACUGUUAAGAAAGAGAUUGUUAUGAACCAUGCAUCAAUCAGGAUGUCAACACAACAUAGGGUAGAUAGUUUUUCCAUGGGUUUAGUUGCUAUUUACAGAGUCUGUGUCCCGCAUGGAAAAAUAACAGGUGGCAUAUCUAACGCUGUGGUAAAGGUUAAUGAAUAUGCCCUGUUGCUAAGCACUGAUCUAGGACCUGAUCUAAUCUCUUUGCACAAACUUGUUAGGAUUAGCCUUUUGAGUCAGCUGAUUCUGAAUCUGUGCCUUGGUACACAUGAUGUUUGAGCAUUUUAGUGACAUAAAUAAGAAAUGAAAAAACACCCCAAGCCUUAAAAUACUAUGUAUUGUGAUAUUGUGAUACUACGGUUCUGCACAGUUGUACAUACUUGUACAAUAAUGUAAAUUGUUGUAUACAAUGCAAUUGUGUAUUAUAGUUUUCUAUGAUAUAAUGUAGAAUACUCUGUCAAUGCUAUCCCUAUCGUUUUGUCGCAAUAUCAAUAUUAUUAUAUUCUAGUAUUUUGUUACAGUAUUUACUAUUUAUUUAAGUUACUUUGGUGGAACUAUUUAUUUGCGCUGCAGAGGAGCAAGUCUCCUGUCGUUUUUGUACUUUUAUACUGUUUUUAUUCAUAUUUACCAUUUUCAUUGCUAUCAUCCAUGUUGAAAUCAUUGUAGUACCAUGCCUGAAUGCGGUGGGAAACCUUGUGCUUGGGGUCUCCACCACACAGACUGACUGAUUGGCCUAAAUGUGAAAUGUGUGUCUUGAAAAAAAAGUAAAUAAAGAACAUGAACAAUGA